AUGGACUGGAUUAGCUUGGAACAGGACCCCCUCCCGAGUCGCCACCUCCCGAGCCGCCCCCCCGCGUGGGCGGCCGGGAGGCCCCCAGGUCCCGUCGGCCGGCCCUCCCCCUCUCCUCCUCCUCCUCCCUCGCCGCCGCCCAAGGGCGCGGCCAGGCGAAGCCUGCCGUCGCCGGCGGCGGCGGGGACUCGGGCCCUCUCGCUCGGGUGGGGCUGGCGUGAGCCGGCGCUCCCGGGCCGGAGUGUGGCGGCGGGCCGGACGCCACGGCGGGUGGUGGCGGCGCCUCGGCGACUUCGCUCCCCCGCGGCAAACGGCCUCGCGAUCUGGUGCGUCGCGGUCGCCAGGGACGGCGGCGGCGUGACCAGAUCGGUUCGCGGCGGCGCGGCCGGAUCUAUGCCCAAGCGUGGGCCUUGA